UCAGACUUCCACGUCGCCGUCGUCUUGCCGAUACCAAACAGACAUACAAUUCCAAAAACUCCUAUUUCCUCAUCUUCUUCUUACUUCUUAGCUCUUACAUUGGCCGUCCGGUUUCACCAUUAUAAAAAAUUACAAGAAAUAAGAUAGCGUAAUGAUAAAAUAUUAUCGAAUCAAAAGCUAAUUUACUACUCUACUCAACAUGAUAGCGGCGAGAUUAUUAAUUCCAAAACUAUCGUCCUCUUCCUCCUCCUCCUCCUCCUGCUUCAUCGUCAAGAACAACCCCACCAGAACAAAAUAUUAUGGUUUAUUUUCUAACCAUCAAAAACUUGCCUUCUUAAGUUACCCAAUCACAAGUAGUAGCGCUCGGGCUCGGACUCGGACUCGGACUAGGAUUACUGAUCUAUCUUCUUGUACAUCACUAGGGAAAUUCAGCCAAGGUACCACCAGGUUAGGAAGCUACUGCUUGAAGAACAACACCACCAGAAUCAGAUCGUUAUCAUCAAUGAAUACCAGGUCAGCUUUGGAGGUUUCCUCGUCAUUGCCGCCGGACAAGCUGGACAGGAUUUUAGCUGGGAAAGACGAUGACCAUGACGGUGUCAUUGUCCAACUCACCGAUCAGCCCUUGGACCCCUCUCUCUUUACUUCUUUGCUCCAUGCAUCCCUUUCCCACUGGAAAUUGCAGGGUAAGAAGGGUGUUUGGAUCAAAUUGCCUAUUGAGCUUGCUAAUCUUGUUGAACCUGCAGUCAAGGCAGGAUUUUAUUUCCACCAUGCAGAACCAAAGUAUUUGAUGCUUGUCCAUUGGCUUCCUAGCGCUACAAAUACUAUCCCAGCAAAUGCCUCGCACCGGGUUGGCAUCGGUGCAUUUGUCAUGAAUGAGAAGAAUGAGGUGUUGGUUGUCCAAGAGAAGAGUGGAAGAUUUCGUGGAACAGGCAUCUGGAAAUUCCCUACAGGAGUUGUAGAUGAGGGGGAAGAUAUAUGUGCUGCGGCAGUUAGAGAAGUUAAAGAAGAGACAGGUGUCGAUGCAAAGUUUGUGGAGAUACUGGCGUUUAGACAGAGCCACAAGUCAUUCUUUGACAAGUCAGACUUGUUCUUUGUGUGCAUGCUGCAGCCCCUUUCCUUUGAGAUUCAACUGCAGGAAAGAGAGAUAGAGGCAGCCCAGUGGAUGCCGUUUCAAGAAUACGCAGCUCAGCCAUUUGUGCAGAAGCACCAGCUUUUCAAGGACAUUUCAGAUGUAUGUUUAGCAAAGAAGGGUGGGCAAUAUGCUGGAUUUACCCCGGUGCCUGCGGAGACAUCUCUCUCUGCGAAGAAGACGCAUCUGUACUUAAACAAGCAGGGCCUUAAUUAUGAAUGAGUUAUGAUGAUUCCAAGUACAUGGUUCAAAAUUUUCAUUUUUAGGCUUCGUACGAUGCCACGAUGGCUGUCAUUGAUUCUAUUUCUUUCUUGGGGAAGGUUGGGUCCUGUUCUAGAACAAUUUGUUCCAUUGGAGAGUGGAAAAAUGAAGAACAAAUGGCCUCAACUUUCUUUCAGUUCUACA